GUGCCCUGGUUUUAUCUGCUGGGAACAGAAUAGUUGUGCUGUUUGGUUAUUGGUCAGGUGCUGGGAGAUUCUGUGGGAAGCUGAACAUCUGCUGGAUGGGCCACCUCAGCAGAGCGAGGCGAGGCAGAGGCACAAGCUGCACUUCUACUUGGAAAUUAUGGUUUAUUUUCAGAUUUUAGGGAUAUUCUUUUUACUCAUAUGGAAUCCAGUGACCAGCAACCCCGAAAAUCUAAAGGGAUCACAGGUACCGGCAUUUCCUUCAGACGCCUUCCACAAUAAAACUAUCAUCACAGACCAUCACCACCUUGAGGAUGAACUGAAGCAUGAGAUUGGGGAUAUAGACUUGGGCAACGUCUCCGAAGAUGAACUGGAGUUCUAUUACUUCACCGUGCAUGACUUCGACCACAACAAACUCCUGGAUGGGCUGGAGAUCUUGGCUGCGCUACAGGACUCCCUUGAGCAUUAUCUUGGAGAAGCAUUUACCAAGGAGGAUAAAAUGAAGCAUUAUAUAACUAUGACAGAUGAGGUUCUAAAGGAAGAUGAUUUGGACAAAGAUGGCUUUUUAUCCUUCGUGGAGUACAUGCACUCCCAGAAACGUACCGCCAGCCCUACCACCAUUCUUGACAAGAACGCCAAGGACAAGACGGGAUCCCAGAAGAGCGGCCAAUGAUUUUCAGAAAUACCAACUGAGAAAUGUAUUUAUAUAUCAUCAAAUAAAGAUCUCACAAUUUCAACUAUA